AUCAAAAAUAAAUAAAAAACAACAAAAGAAACAGAGAAUAUGGAGAGAAAACAUAGAAAGAAUUUUGGUGAAGAUAACACACAAAGCUGCUGACUUUUUCAUCCUUUAGCUUCCAUUCAGAAAACUAAGACCUACCCACAAUUUUAAACCUAGUGAUCUUUAUUUCUGCUGCGAGAAAUGUUUUGUUUACUCUGCUGAGAGAAAGAUGUGUACAUUUUAGAUGUUUGUGUUGUUUGGUUGCUGAGAAAGGAAGGGAAAUGAGAAUGGAAGUUUGAAAUAAGGCUAAUUUGAGAAUCUUUGUGUAGUUUUCAUUGUAUUCUCCCUGGAUCUUGAGAUAAAAGUGAAAGAAAUAAGAGUAGAAUGGAAAAAGAAGAGAAGAACCAAAGCCAAAGAGAAAAAGAGACAACAACAGAUUUUGUGUUAAAAUGGGGAAAUAGAAAAAGACUUAGAUGUUGUAAAGUGAAAAAAGAAUCCAAAAACUUAGAAAACAUUGACAACAGCUGCAACAACAAUAACAAUAAUAAGAACAAAUCAGGUCCUGACUGUUUGUCCAAGAAGAAAUUUUCCUCCUCUCGCCUUGUUUCGCUGGAGAAAGGAUCUCCCAAUCGCCUCAACAAGAAUUCUGAUUUGCCUAUUAAUAAUAACCGGAAACCAUGUGUGGCUUCACCAGAGAAGGAAGAUAGGUACUACACAACAAGGGGUUCAUUAGGAUUGGAUGAUAGUGGAAAAGCGUUGAUGGAUCAUCUAAAGGAAGAUAAGAAAACUUUUGUUUGGCCAAAGCUUUUUAUCACAUUGUCUAGCAAAGAAAAGGAAGAGGAUUUCAUGGCAAUGAAAGGUUGUAAGCCUUCUCAAAGGCCUAAGAAGAGAGCCAAGUUGAUCCAAAGAAGCAUACUCUUGGUGAGUCCAGGUGUAUGGUUAUCAGACCUAUGUCAAGAAAGGUAUGAAGUAAGGGAGAAGAAAACUUCAAAGAAGAGGCCCAGAGGAUUGAAGGCGAUGGGAAGUGUGGAAAGUGAAUCAGAAUGAAAGAAAGGAAAGAAAAGAGAUUGAUGUAGAGGAAGUAAAUCUUGACUUUAUUUUUGUAGGUGGGAAAGGCAAUUUUCAUGGGAAAAAUGGAGGCUCCCCUCAUGUUUGUUUAUGUAGAAAUUACUUUACCACAUGUCAAUGUGGUAUACCUUUUUUUUUUUUUUUUUUUUUAACUCAUUUCGAAAUAGGCUUCUUUGUCUUUCCUCUUGAAUGCCUUGCUUUUGUCUACUUUUGGUUGUCGACUUGUGCUUUUAUUUCAUUUCAGGGGUCCUGUGCAGCUUUAAGUACCUUU